AUGAGGUGCGCCGCGGUCGCGAACGCGCGAUGGGCGACGCCGCCGACGCGCGCGUCGGCGGCGCCGCGCGCGGUGCGCCGCGCGCGCGCGUCGUCGUCGUCGUCGUCGUCGUCGUCGUCGUCGUCGUCGCGAAUACCGACGACGACGCGACGACGCGUCGUCGCGUCCGCGAACGACGACGACGCCGACGCCGGCGCGGAGAAGAAGAAGAAGCCCGCGACGAGCGUCACCACCGCGGCGGACACGAUGUCCGCGCUGGACGCCCUCCUCGGCGCGGCGGAAGAGACGCCAACUGAUGAAGACGAUCCUCCUCCUCCUCCUCCGUCGACAAAAAUAACCAUCGACGCGACGAAACCCGGCGCGCGAUCGUCGCCGUCGCCGUCCCCGUUCGCGUCCGCGCUCACGGAGGCGCCGUCGACGCCGUCCGCCUCCGAGCCGGACUACGACCCGGACUUCGACCCGCUCGGGUUGGGGCCGCGAUGGGACGUGCCGUGGGGGUGGCCGACGACGUUGGGGACGCUGUUCCUCGUCGACGCGAUGUUUUACGUCAGCGGCGCGCUGGCGCCCGCGCUCGUGUACUCCGCGGCGAGAGACCCGCUCGAGAUGCCGUUGGACUCCGAGAGGGAGUUCGCGUACGAUUUCGGUCUCGUCAUGGACGACCCCGCGAACUUCAGCGACGUCAUCGUCCUCGCGGAGGUCAUCCAGUGCGUCGCGACGUUUGCGAUACUCGCCGCGGUGACGGCCCCGAAGCGGCCGCUGCCGCCCGGGUGGUUUCAAUUUUCCGUCACGGGUGACAAAAACAACGCGGCGGAGGACGUCGAGGGCAAGGUUGUCGCGAGGGAAGAGAAGAAGAAGAAGAGAGGAAAUGGUUUAUUAGGGGGUAUGAUGUGGGGUAAUCUUCUCGAGCGCGGCGGCGGUUUGGACGACGGCGAGGAAGAGAGAGGGGCGGGGACGGACGCCACCGCCGCCGCGGAGAAAGAGAGGAGCGUCUCUUCGUCGCGAGCGAAGAAGAACAAAGCCGUCGCGGCGCAGAAGAAACGAAGCGCCGAGUGGCUCGGGGAAGCCGGGAACUCCGUCCUCAUCGUCUGGCUCGCCGUGCUCGGGAUAACGGCUCUUUCUUAUGCGUUAGGUUUACGCGGCGACGACGUCGGCAGCGAAGGCGGCGGCGUCAUCGAGAAGGCGUUUAAAGCCGGCCCGCGGGGCGCGUGGUCGAUUUUCCUCACCACCGUGGUCCUCGCGCCCAUCAUCGAGGAGACCGUCUUCCGAGGGUUCCUCCUGCCGUCGCUGACCAAGUACAUGCCGACGUGGAACGCGCUCGCGGUGACGACCGUCGUGUUCGCCCUCGUGCACGACCACAACACCGGGGACACGUUACAGCUCCUGUGCGUCGGCGCGGUGGCGGGGUCGGUGUACUGUCGGACGCGGAACCUCGCGGCGAGCGUCCUUGUGCACGCGUCGUUCAACUUGGGCGUCUUGUUCUUGUUCUCCGCCUGGACGAACAGCGGUUGACGCGCGUAGACUGUAGUUUCUAUUGUAGUUUCCUCUUUGUUUUUGUA